UGGACUUUACACUUUCGUCCUCUAACAUGAUUAUUCACUUCAAAAUAAAUACUUUCCCCAAUUGUCUGACGCAAAAGCACAUCGGAACCUAAGCAGGAAAUGUUACCCGGUGUUUAGGACCAGCGAGAAAGUCACAUUGACUAUGCUGGGACUAGAUAAUGCGGGGAAAACAGCAACUGUGAGAAUCAUUAAAGGAGAAAACCCUGAGUAUGUGCUUCCCACUGUGGGAUUUUCCCCUGUGGACCUGAAGAAGGGCCAGGUUGAUUUGUCCAUCUUCGACCUGGGCGGGACAGAGAGCAUCAGGGACAUUUGGAGGCACUACUUCUCCGAGUCCCAUGGUGUCAUUUUCGUGGUGGACUCCAGCGAUGUCCAACGGAUGCAGGAAACCAGGAAAGUCCUGGCCAAAGUCCUUGGGCACCCUCGUGUCGCUGGGAAGCCAGUUCUUCUUCUGGCAAACAAACAGGAUUUGAAUGGGGCCCUGCGUGAGGUCGACAUCAUUGACCGCCUGUCGCUGGAAAAAACCGUUAACCUGAACAAAUGCUACUGUAAAAUCGUACCGUGCUCGGCUGUGAAAGAGAUCGGGAAGAAAGCCAUCAAGAGCGGGCUGGACUGGCUUUUGGAAACCGUGGCCAGAGAUUACGAUGUCAUCAGUGAGCGUGUGCAGAAGGACACGGAGGAGCAGAGGGAGAAGGAGGCUGUGGAGAGGAGAGAGCGGGCCGAGAGGGUGCGUCUGAUUCGGGAGGAGAGGGAAAACAGGGAACGGGAGGAGGCUGAACAAGAGGGAAGGACAACAGAGACAGAAGAUGAGGGCAACAUGGCUAACCUAUUCAAGCCAACAGGAGACAUCAUCUCCGAGAUGGGGGACAAGCAGAAAACAAACAAGAACAGUGAGCUACAGAUCACAAAGACUGACGCAGACAGCUGUCUAGAAAAGAAGUGGAAGUUUUGGCAGUGGAAGAAGAACAGGGUGGGGCCUCUGUCGUCAGUCUCAGCUAAAACACCUCGCCGCCUCAUGUCUGGUUUUAAACUGUUCAGGCGCAAUGCUGUGGCCCCCCUUUAAGAGCAUGUAAGAGCCUGGCUCCUCCCCCAACUGUCCUAUGUCAGAGCUUCUACUGUCUAUGACCAUGCUUUACUCCUGCUCCAGUAUUUAGACCCCAACUCUGUCCUGCUCUACCACACUAUGCUUUGAAAACAGGGAGAUGUUUUUUAGAAUUGAGUGACAUUGAAAUUAUCUUCUGCUCAGCCUUUUCGAUUUGAGCCAGAGCAGGACAUUACUCAGCAG